UGAGGCUAUGGCCACUGACAAUCAGACACACGUGCCACCCUUGAUGAAAACGAACCCCAAUCAAAAUAUAGUAUUCAGCAGUCACAAUACAUUUUUUCAACAUAAUAAAUACCGAGCUAACAUCCGCGUACCACCAUUUGCUCGUUUCCCAAUCACACUAUUAUGGCUUACGCACUCCUUGCCCUCGAGAACCCAUUGCUCGAUAUCCAAGCUAACGUCAAGCAAGAGCUUAUGGACAAGUAUGGCUUCGUUAGCAACGGUGCUAUGCUUGCUUCUGAGAAGGAACAAGGUUUGUACGAGGAGAUCGUUCGCGACUAUCCCGUCGUCUAUGUUGCCGGAGGUGCUGCUCAAAACACUGCCCGUGGUGCCCAAUACCUUCUUCCUGCCAACUCUACUGUCUACAUGGGUUGUGUCUCCAACGACCACUAUGCUGAGCAAAUGAAGAAGGCUGCUGCUGAGGACGGUCUUGAGACCAAGUACCAAGUCGUUGACGACGUUCCCACUGGUACUUGCGCUGUCUUGAUCACUGGACAAGACAGAUUCCUCUGUGCCAACCUUUCUGCUUCUGAGAAGUUCUCUGUUGAUACCCUUCAAAAGCCCGAGAACUGGAAAGUUGUCGAGAGCGCCAAGAACUACUACAUUGGUGCUUUCUUCAUCUCCCACGAUGGUGGUUAUGCUUCCAGCUUGGCUGUUGGUAAGCACGCUGCUGAAACCAACAAGGCUUUCACUAUGAACCUUUCUGCUCCCUGGGUCGCCCUUGCCUUCAGAGACCGUCUUGAUGCUGUCCUCAACUAUGCUGACAUCGUCUUCGGUAACGAGGAUGAAGCCCGCAGCUACUCCAAGGUUGCUGGCUGGGAAACUGAUGAUGUCAAGGAAAUUGCUGCCAAGUUUGCUCAACUUCCCAAGGCCAACACUAAGCGUCCCCGUAUCGUUGUCUUCACCCAAGGUGCUGAUGAGACCGUUGUUGCUGUCGGUGACAAGGUUACCGUUCACCCUGUUGAGAAGGUUUCCAGCAGCGAGAUCGUCGAUACCAACGGUGCUGGCGAUGGCUUCUGCGGUGGUUUCCUUGGUCUUUACACUCAAGGUGUUGAGGACCUCCACAAGUGUGUCAAUGCUGGACAUUACAUCGCUGGUCUCGUCAUUCGCCGCGUCGGUCCUACCUACCCUCCCGUGGCCGAGCGUACCAAUAUCCCCGAGUUCUAAAUGUACUCACACCCUUGAACCAAACUUUUUUCUACCCUUCUUUGAUCGAUAGUUCUUGUUAUUACGCAAGAUUGGUUUCAACAUACCAAUGUAUCUCCCCUUGUCCUAGAUCUUCUUCUUCUCCGUGUAUCAU